ACAAAAAGGAGACAAACAAUGAAACAAAAGAGAAGUGAAAUAAGGAAAGUGAAAAGAGACCCAUAGGCCAUACUGUGAUGACCAAUUUAAGGUAGAGAAGAGAAACAUAGAACAAACUGUGAUUCUGUGAAGAAAUAAAAUUCAAAGGAAGAGGGAGGCUCACGUGUAAGAGAAAAAUAAAGAGAGGGAGAUUGAGGUGUAGAAAAUUUUGAGAGAAAGACAUGUUUCUAGAAGACAUGGGAGUAAGAAAGGACACAGAUCAUGGAUGUAAAACCAUUAAAAGUGAAGAAGAGGUCAAGGGCUCUUCUUUUCCUGUACUAUAAAGAAAAACCAUCAAAAUUUGAGAGUAGAGCUGGAAGCUUGCAGAGCACUAGCUAACAAAAAAGAAGAAGAAAGAACUAGAAGCUGAGAGAAAUGUGACAUGAAAACGUGGCAGAAGGUGCAUCAAACUAAAGGAGGCAUUUUUUUUUUGGUUGUGUUAAGAAGAAAUUAAAGAUGGAGAUUUAGACAAGAAAAUGAAGUUGGUCUAGAAGGAAAAGAAUAUGGAGUAGGUGGCGUGUGUAGAAAAUUAGAGGGGCUGACAUGUAUAAAUUAAAGAAAAAGGAGACAUGUGGCCGUGAAGGAGGAACGGAGGACUUACAGCAAUAACGAAAAGAAACCUUUUAUUCGGUUGAAGGACUUAUAGCAACGGAGAUUUCACUCACGUCCUAGAGGCGAUGGCUAUGGCAUCGGUAGCUGGGAAAGGUCUGCAGAGAGGGUUUCUAGCAAUGGGUUGUCUGAAUCCGAGGUGGUGGUGUUGAAAUACGACAUUGUGAGAGGAGGUAACAAAUGGGUUCUUGUUCUUGUUGAAGAAUGAUGUGUUUGAUGAAAGGUCCGAAGGAACAAAGGAUGUCUGACGAAGCUUUGUUUGAGGUGUUGCUGGGGGCUUGUAAGAUUUAUGGGAAGGUGGAUGUAGCUAAGAGUUUUGAUUUUGGUUGUUUGUUGUUUGUUGGGAAGAUGGCCGAAUAGGAUGAAGUUCAAAUUUGAUUUCUUGGGUUUAUGUGGCCGAUUGGGUUGAGGCUUGUUGUGUGGCCUGAGAACGAGUUUAGUAUCUACAGAUAAGGAUUUAACAAGAGACUGGGCGUGGAUUCUGUGGUUAAGUGUUUGAAGAUGAGGGGUUUACGGUUGCAGAGGAUUAUGUUACGGUUUCUGUGUGGGUGGAGAAACAGAGGUGAAGGUGAUGGAUUGUUUCUGGCUGAGCUAAAAAAAAAAAAGACGUUGCAGACAUAAUGGAUUGUCUCUUCUUGGUGGUAGAGAAACAAUGUUCGCAUGAUGUUUCAUAGCCGUUAUUGCUCUAGUUUAGUUUCUCCCUGAAUCUCCGCGGAUCAGCAAAAGAUUUUCUUUCAUGAUUUUGCCUUUAAUUUCCAUAACUCCCUCCAUGGGUCUCUUCUCCACAAUGCCUUUAAACUGUGUUUAGUGUUUCAUCAACUUUCUGAAAUCAGUAGUAGUGAUAAGGAAAGUCGCUACACUACUUAAUUCCAUUUGCUAUGAGACCUUUCAAUCUAUGUAAACUUUCUUGGAGAAAAAUAAAAAAUGAAGACAUGAGGCAGUAUCUGAACUGCCUCAUUUAAGAGUUGUUUUAAACCUUCUUUCUCCAAUCCAUGUUAUGUUUGAGUUUCAACAUCCUAUUUCUACUUAUCUAAAGGGAUUUUGAGCUGUUUUUAUGCUUCUAUACUUUGCAAGUAGGUUCGCAUCCUAAUACUGCCAAAUCUUGAGCCAUAUAUGCGACUUCUUGAACCAGAGAUGCUUCUUGAGGAGCAAAAGAAUGAGAUGAAGAGGCAUGAGGCUUGGCGAGUUGGCGUGUUUAUGGAGCCCUGCUGGUCAAUGUAUAUAUGAUCGGCUCAACAUGUUCUCACCUCAGCCAUCCCUGUCAGCACGUGCAGUAUGGAGGACCAAUGCAAGAGUUAUUACCACCCCACCAAGGUCGACCAAUUCCUCGUCAUCUCACAUGGAAGAGACACCAUCUCCCCUGGAAGAGAAAGCUGUGGUUCCACCAGCUCCUUCGGUUGAUUCUAAUGUAGGCCCAUCAUCAUCCUAUAGACAACCGCCUAAUGACAUAAAUUUGGAUGGCAGAGGUAGGACAGACAUGCGUGAUAGUCAAGCUCUCAAUAGGUCAGCUGUCCUCUCCCAGAUAUGGAAAAAUGACUUGGAUUCUGGGCGUCUCCUGGUAUUGAUAUUUGAGCUGUUUGGUGAAGGCCAUUUAUCCUUCAUUCCAGCUCCCGAGAUGUCUAUGUUCUUAUGACCAUUUGUACAAAGAUCUGCACUUUCAUAGUUACUCAUAUGUGUACAAAUUACACUUGCAGAUAGAAUUUUAGAGUUCUCGAGACCAAAUCUUUUGCUGAAUUUCUAUGAAGCUUUUAUGAACUAUUAAUAA